GCGGACUCCCUGAAUCUUUAUACGUACAUAUAAGCAAUCUCACCAGCUCGUCGCUUUCAUCAUAUCCGGCGCAUUGAAUUGGGAAUAACAUACUGCGUUUCUUAGGAUGUUGGUAUCUUUGACCGUGGGCAAAGUCGACGCUGGCGUCGCGGUCUUGUUAACGCAGGACAACAGACUGAUUGAAUUCCCUUCGGUGCUACUCCCGAAGAACAUCAGCUCUGGAAGCAUUGUCGACAUUGACGUCUCCCGGAACCACGCCGCUGAAGCAAAGAGUAUAGCGAAUUUCCAGGCACUUCAAAAACGUAUCCUCAAUACCUACGGCUUGGAGACUCCUUCCCCUCCCGUUCUUCGUCUACGAAAUGCCACACAGACAUCCUUAGUCCUAGAGUGGGACCCCAUCAAGCUUGCUACGGCCUCGUUGAAGUCCCUGUCCCUCUACCGCAAUGGUUCAAAGGCUGGGUCAAUCCCUCGUCCUCUAGAAAUGCAAAGUACCAAAAUUAGUGGUCUUGCCAUCCACGCCGAAUAUACAUUUCACCUCGUCUUGCGAACUACAGCUGGAACUUAUCAUUCGGAAAAACUGACCUGCCGUACUCAUAAAAUGACUGAUCUAUCAGGCAUAACGGUGACCCCAGGAAUUAUGCCACAACCUCAAAGAGAAGCCCUCGAACGCGCCCUUGAUAGGAUAGGAGGAAAGCUUGUCGAUACUGUGCGAAUUGAUACCACUCAUUUUGUGUGUACUGAAGGCCGAGGCCCGGCGUGGGAAAAGGCAGUGGAAAUGAACUUGCCAGUCGUGCGACCUGAAUGGGUAGAUGCGUGUGAAGCGGAGGGAACUAUUGUUGGAGUGCGAGGUUAUUAUCUCAAUGCAGACCCGAAACAUCGACAGCUAGGCCCACGACAAGUACCACAUCAGCAACAACAACAACAACCGCCACCACAGCAGCAGCAGCAGGCUCCUGAAUUAGUGGUUUCAGAAACAACAACUCCCCCAACAAGUAACCAGUCGAACUUGCCAGUGCGCGCACCGGAACCGAUCUCAGAGGGCCCGCCUACACCUUUCCCAGGUGGACCUACAGAAGUCACAUCAACCGAAGUUCCGGAGGAGCAUGAAGCUGAUCGCGCGGAACCUCCUUCUCCACCCCCCAAAGACGAACCUUCUAAUGAGCUAAAAGAUGAUGGCGAGGAGGGGCCUGAUGAGUCAGAUGUCAACGAAGAAAUUGAGGACGAAAAUAAGAAGACGGCCGAUAAAAAGGGUUCUCAGGAAGAGCCAGCUGUCGAGCAUGAACCCAUAAAAAAGAUAGAUAAAGCUCAACCAGAAGGUGAGGGCGAGCUCGAAGAGGUCUCUCUAUAGGCGCUCAUUGGCCUUUGAGUGGACAUAUGCAGCCUAGGUUAUCCAUGUUUGUUCUUCUGAGGUUCUGCUUACUUUGUCAUGGCAUUUACCUUUCCAGCGUUGACUAGGAUAUAUGCUUAUAAUGAUUACAUACUCAUAUUUGUAUUCACAACC